UAAUUAUGUAACAGUUAUAUUUUAGUAAAAUUUUUUAACAAGUAAUGGCAAAAUUAGAUAGUGUUUAAAAUUCAUGAGGUAAAAUGAUAUUUAUUGAAAAGAUAAUCAGGCAUUUCUGAGGAUGGCGUAGAAGAGAGAUGUACGAAUGGGGAGAUGAUGAGGGCAGAAGAACGACGACGUCGACGAGAACGAUGAUGGUGAUGAUGGGGCGUUCUGCUCAGGGACAGGGGCAGUGGGGUCAGGAGGAGACCAAGGAAUUCAUCAAAAUCCGUACCGAACUGGAGAGGGACUCUGCUCUAACGAAGCGCAGCAAGGUCCUAUGGGACGCUGUCAGCUCCAAGAUGUUAGAAAGAGGUUUCAUUCGAACAUCUGAUCAGUGUAAGUGCAAGUGGAAGAACCUUCUCAAUCGCUAUAAGGGACAGGAAACAUCUGACCGAGAAAAUGGUCGGCAAUGUACAUUCUUUGAGGAAUUACAUGCACUCUUUUCUGAAAGGGAGAAGAACAUGCAGCGCUUGCUUCUGGAAACUGAAAUGGGUUCUCCCAGGUCUAGGAAAAAGAUGAAGGGACCAUCAAAUGCUGGCCAAUCCUCUGAUGAAUUUUCAGAAAAUGAGGAGAAUGACAAAGAGGGCAUUGAUGAAGAGACCCCUACUACUACUACAAGCACUCUUCGUAAAAGAAAGGGUGAAAAAAUUGCUUUGGACAAGUCUUUAAAGGCUACCAAUGCUGCUGCUGCAGCGUCUAUGAGCGGUGAGACUGAUAUCAGGGAAAUGCUUAAGCAAUUUUUUGAGCAACAACAGAUGAUAGAGAAACAGUGGAUGGACAUGAUGGAUAGGCGCGCAAAUGAGCAGCAGUUGUUUGAACAGGAAUGGCGACAGUCAAUGGAGAAGCUUGAGAGAGAAAGAUUAAUGGUUGAGCAGUCUUGGAGGGAAAGGGAAGAACAGAGAAGAAUAAGAGAAGAGAGCCGAGCUGAGAGGAGGGAUGCCCUUCUAACAUCUCUCUUAAACAAUCUCCUCCAUGAAAAUUGAAAACAAUCUCUGAAGGUGGAGGAUGGUUUGGAGGGUGUCAUCACCCAUUCAUCUCUUUUCAUAUGUGUGUGUUUUCUCUAUUAUACAAUAUACAGAUGUAAUGUAACAUGACAAACUGACAAUGGAUUUAGUUCAUACAACUUGUUCUAUGAUAUUCUGUACACUAGUAAUUGCAUUGUGACAAAGAACUAUAUGUCCAUUCAUUGUUUUAUUCGAACUAUAAAUGUCAACAAAUUACUCGACGAUUCUUAUUGUUUUGGGAAAUUCGAGCUUCUAUGCUUUCUAAUGUACCUGUAAUAAUUAUCUUAAAAAUAUAGCUUGUAUUUGGAUUAAAA